UCCUUUCUCAACUCACUCUGCAACUAUGGCCUGCGUUGGAAAGCUUGAGUUAGAGACUGAUGUGAAGUCGAGUGCGGACAAGUUCUGGAAUAACAUGAGGGAGUCAACCAUCAUCUUCCCCAAGGCCUUCCCCCACGACUAUAAAAGCAUUGAAGUCCUUGAAGGCGACGGGAAAGCUGUCGGUUCCGUUCGUUUAAUUACGUACGCCGAAGGUUCUGAGCUUGCUAAGGAAUCGAAGGAGAAGAUCGAAGCUGUGGACGAGGAAAAGAAGACGGUUUCUUACAGUGUGAUAGAGGGGGAUCUGCUCAAGUACUACAAGAGUUUCAAGGGGCACAUUUCGGUGAGUCCCAAAGGAGAGGGAAGUUCAGUGAAAUGGAGCUGUGAGUAUGAGAAGGCGAGUGAGGAGAUUCCUGAUCCUCAUAUCAUUAAGGACUUUGUAGUGAAGAAUUUCCGUGAGCUGGACGACUACACUCUGCAGGCAUAGACCAAACGGCAUCUCAUUUAAGGAGGAUGUUUCUAAUGGCUAAUGCCGAAUAAUGUGGUUCCUCUAAUCUGCGUUUGUUGUGUUUAAUGUUCUCUUGAUCUGCUUCUUGGCGGUUAAAUGAAUAUAAUAAUUCUCUACUUGUUCUUUCUAA